CAUUUGGGCCCUCCUCCUCAGGAAGAGGGGACGCCAGACAAGGACUGCCUUCAGCAGCUGUGCCUGCCGUCGCUCUGCGAUGCCCCGUUCAUUCUUAGCGAGGAUCUGCAGGCAGUAGCGUGGGACUAAGCAGGGGAAGGAUGCAUUUAAAGCAGGAUGCGUGCCGGACGCAGGGAGAAACGCUCGUGUUAGCAGCAGCGGCAGCAGCAGUAGCGGCGAGUGCGGAGGGCCAGGGAAGCGACCACCCCCUCUCUCUCCUUCUUUUCCUCCCCCCCUGCAGGACCAUGCUGGCGUGAGGGAUGAGGCUGUGCACAGAGACGCCAGGCCAGAGCUGCGGCCUACUUCUUCUCACAAGAGCCGGGCUCUCGACUGCAAGAUCUGUGAACGCGACGCCACCAUCAAAUCAGCAUCUUUGGUCACCAGGUAGGUCCAGGAGCAUGAGCAGGAUUCUGAGCCGCGGGAGCAGAUGUCUGGGUACAAGCGCAUGCGGCGGCAGCACCAGAAGCAGCUGAUCGCCCUGGAGAACAGGCUGAAGGCAGAGAUGGACGAGCAUAAGCUCCGCUUGCAGAAGGAGGUGGAGACCCACGCCAACAACACUUACAUUGAACUGGAGAGGUUGGCCAAGCGACACACAGCCCAAACAGACAAAGAGAUCAAAGCAGCUUUGGUGGAGGAGAAGAGGACACAGCAGCAGAUCUUGGUGCAGCAGAAGAAGGAGCUGACCACCUUCUUGGAGAACCAGAAGAAGGAGUACAGGCUCUGCAAAGACAAGAUCAAAGAAGAGAUGAGCGAGGACCCCAGCACCCCCAAGGAGGAGAAGCAGGAGCGUCUGUCCAGGCACAAGGAGACGGUGCAGCGCUCCCAGGCUGAGGAGGAGGCUCACCUCCUGACCCAGCAGAGGCUGGUCUACGACAAGAGCUGCCGGUCUCUCAAACGCAGGACCCUGGUCCGGAGGCACGAGUUUGAACAGGAGCAAAUGAGAGAGGAGCUUAACAAGAAGAAGACCCAGAAGGAGAUGGAGCAGGCCCUGAUGAUACGGCAGGACGAGUCCACCCAGGAGCUGGAGAGCCGGCAGCUGCAGAUGCUGCAGAGGCUGAGGCUGGAGCUGAUUGGCCUGCAGCACCAGACCGAGCUGGAGAACCAGGAGGAGUACAACGGCCGACGCCAAAGGGAGUUGCACCGCAAGCACGCCCUGGAGCAGAGGCAGCAGCCGCGGAACCUCAAGACGCUGGAGAUGCAGAUCAAGAAGCAGUUCCAGGACACCUGCAAGGUGCAGAACAAGCAGUACAAGGCCCUGAGGAACCAUCAGCUGGAGGUCGCUCCCAAGAGCGAGCACAAGGGCAUCCUGAAGAGCCUGAAGGAGGAGCAGACACGCAAGCUGGCCGUGCUGGCUGAGCAGUACGAGCACAGCAUCAACGAGAUGAUGGCGUCCCAGGCGAUGCGCUUGAACGAGGAGCAGGAAGCGGAGAUCCAGGCCCUCAAACAGCAGCUGCAGCAGGAGGUGGAGCUACUGGACGCCUACCAGAACAAGACGAAGGCCCAGACGGAGGCUCAGCACGAGAAGGAACAGCUGAAGCUGCAGCAGAAGGUCUCCAUACGCAGGGCCCACCUGGAGCAGAAGAUUGAAGAGGAGCUGGACUCACUUCAGAAGGAACGCACGGAACGCAUCAAGCAGCUGUUCGAGCGCCAGGAGAGAGAAAUUGAGAUGUUCGAGGUGGAGAGCGCUCGGCUGGGCUUUGGCAGCCUGGGGUCUCUGGACUUUCCCAAGGAAGAGGACAGAUGAAAGCGGACGCUGGCGCGGGGGACGGAACUCUUCACGGCAGGACGCCGGGCGCGGACACGCGCGCCCAGGCCGUUCUCACCGUCGGCUCAACCGCCAGGUCUCCGACACGGCGGCAACUCCCUGACAACUCUCUCGUAUCGCUUUCUGCACUCUUUAGGUAUCACAUCGCAGCUUCGAAGUGUUACUGGACGUGUAACGACAAAUUAUUUUGUGAAACUUCAAAGGGGGGAUGUGGGGGGGAUGCAGCAAAAAGCUAAAAAAUAUCCUACAACACAAAUCAAACCAAGUGGAUGUAAACUCAGAAAGUGACGCAGCGGAGAUUACAACAAACUAGAAGAAAUGACGUCAUACGAACAGACCAACCCUUUUCUCCAUACCAUUGGUCCUACUUUUUUGGUAUGAAUUGAGUCAAUUCAGGAAAUUUUUGUAAAAAUAAAAUAAAAAAUAACAAUAAAAAAAUAAAAAACGAGCACUUUGAUAUGUUUAAGUAUGAACCCAUCGUGUUCAUAUGAUGCUAAACACGUAUAUCACGUAAAAGGAUUGUGUGGAAUGUGAGCAGCGGACUAGCGAGCCCGGUGAUUGGCUGCUUGAUCUGUUUUUCUCAGAAUGUGAACAGUUAUGGAUGACGGUCUUUGAAUGAAGUCAGAGCUUGUAUGUAGACAGUUUUAUUGAGAGUUUUUACAUGCUUACAUAUUGUGCUAAUUCAUUCAGUAUAGUCCUUUGCUUCUUUUUUUUUUAAGGAUUACGGUACUUUCUUUUUCCUUGUUCAAUAUGUAGGAUUAAUUGGCAUCCGUUUGAUCAACCUGUGUACUUUUAUCACAAUGAUUCAACUUGGUAAAACUGCUUAUUAUUGCAUGCACUUUAAAGACAAAUUCAGGUUGUGAAGUGAAGCAUGAAUCUGUCAGAGAUUUUAGCUGUUUGUAAAUAAAAGUGGUCAUAGCCUUUUGUUUUAAAGCCUAUUAGUACUGGACAUAAGCUCCAUAUUUAAAACGACAAUUUCACAAAUGCCUUUAUUUAAGUUGUGCCUACAAAGCUGUUUUUAUUUAUUGUUAUUUCCUUUAGGUUAGCACAGCCAGCACCAUUGUUUCAUCCAUCCAGAAUUGUGAAUCAUCUAAUGUUCUCUAAUCAAAGGUCUUGUAAAGGAAAAUGGUGAGAAUUGUGCUGUAUAACUUUUGAUAUGAAUAUUUGUAUAUGAGAAUAUAGAUAGAACAUACAAAAGCAUUGGUCAACUACUAAUGACAGAACUUUACAUUCUAAGAUUUUUUUUCUUUACACAUAGAACAUACAUUAUCAUACUGUAGUUUAACGUACUUAUAAUUCAAACCAAUGAAGACUUUUAUCCGAUUGUAUACCUUAAAUGCAGUUCAAUGGUAUCACAGUACAACUGUUCGUACAUUGAUCUUUUUAAUAUGUCUGGUUAUAGUUAACUAGCAGGUGGUUGCUAUGAUCUGGGUUGUAUUCAAGUUAUUGGUGUUUAGUCAUCAGAUUUACAAUGUUUUGCAAUGUUUUCAUAGAUAUUGAACAGGUUGCACAAUGUGUCCAUUAGUGGUACCACCAGUAAAGGAAAGGGGGUUUGUUUGGUGCUUGAUUUCUAAUACCACCAUUAGCCUUUGUAGGUUUGGACUCAGAUGGUAGGACUGAAUUCAAUGCCUGUCUAUUGGUUUUGCAUACUGCUCCGAAAGUGUGAGCAGAGACCAGACUCGAUUUGAAAUACAAUUGGAUGUGAGAUGUUCAGAUCCUUGACUAAUGCUUUAUUUAGCUUGCCACAUGCAAUGAAAUGAGAGGGAUUGUUCCC